AUGGGUGCAUCAGGCUUAGGUUCUGGUUUAGCAAAUAGCAUUAAUCUCUCAAAUUUGACACUUUCCCUUAGUGAGAAUAAAAUUGGUGCAAUGGGUGCAUCAGGCUUAGGUUCUGGUUUAGCAAAGUGCAUUAAUCUCUCAAAUUUGACACUUGGCCUUGGUGGAAAUUAAAUUGGUGAUAAGAUAAGAUAAGAUAAACUCGCACACAUAAAUGCACUCAGAAAUACAUCUUAAAAUGAGAAUAAAAUUGGUGAUGAAGGUGCAUCAGGCUUAGGUUCUGCUUUAGCUAAUUGCAUUAAUCUCUCAAAUUUGACACUUUACCUUAAUCAGAAUAAAAUUGGUGAUGAAGGUGCAUCAGGCUUAGGUUCUGCUUUAGCAAAUUGCAUUAAUCUCUCAAAUUUGACACUUUACCUUUAUGGAAAUUAAAUUGGUGAUGAAGGUGCAUCAGGCUUAGGUUCUGGUUUAGCAAAUAGCAUUAAUCUCUCAAAUUUGAUGCUUUACCUUAGUGACAAUUAAAUUGGUGCAAUGAGUGCAUCAGGCUUAGGUUCUGGUUUAGCAAAUUGCAUUAAUCUCUCAAAUUUGAAACUUUACCUUAACUCAAUGGAUAAAUCAUAAAAAUUCAAAAAAGUAAUAAGCAAGUGUCUUAAAUCAAAAAGAUUAGUUGUCUUUGAUUUCUAAUGA